AUGGCCUCCUCAGAACCAUCCUUGCAACCAGCCCAGGUCCCCGCCCACCUUGACCCAAAAACCUACCCACGCACCCACCACAAUCCAACUCAAAACAUCCACAUAACUCUAACCUACGAACCCUUAAAUGCAAAUACGUACCUAUCGCAAACCUCCUCCCCAUCAGCGGGCGCCAACAUCCUCUUCCUCGGCACAACGCGCGACACCUUCGAAGGCCGCUCCGUCUCUCAGCUCAGCUACACGACCUACCCGCCUCUAGCAUUGAAGACGCUAGCUGGGAUCGCCGAGGCUGCCGUGAAGACGCAUCGGCUAGAGGGUGUGAGUAUUGCGCACAGACUCGGGACUGUGCCGAUUGGAGAGGCGUCGAUCGCUAUUGCUGUUAGUGCGGGACAUCGGGGUGCGGCGUGGAGGGCGGGUGAGGAGGUGCUUGAGGCUUGUAAGGAGAAGGCGGAGAUCUGGAAGAGGGAGGAGUUUGUUGACGGGGGGAUGGAGUGGAGGGCUAAUGCGGAUCGGGAUGCUGAGGGGAGGAGUUUGGGGAAGGAGGGUGUUUAG